AUGUCUAGGAUCUGGAAACCAGCACCCCCUCCCAAAACCGGCCUUGGUGUUUACCGUGUACUUUCCCCAAAUGCCGGUGUCCGUGUUUCCCCUAUUCAACUUGGUGCAAUGAGCAUCGGUGACAAGUGGGGUGAACUUGGUAUGGGUAGUAUGGACAAGGAAAGCAGCUUUAAACUCCUCGACGCCUAUUUUGACAAUGGAGGAAAUUUCAUCGAUACCGCGAACAAUUAUCAAGACGAAACCUCGGAGCUCUUCGUCGGGGAGUGGGCAGAAAAAAGAGGGAUUAGAGAUCAAUUAUUUAUCGCUACUAAGUAUACAACAAACUUCAAAGCUCGCAAUCCUUCUGUUGAACAGCAAAUAUUGUAUGUUGGAAACAAUGCAAAAUCGAUGCAUAUAUCCGUGGAGGCAUCUUUGAAAAAGCUUCGUACCACGUACAUAGACCUUCUCUAUGUUCAUUGGUGGGACUGGGACACUAGUGUGGAAGAAGUAAUGAGGUCCCUUCAUACCUUAGUAUUACAGGGGAAGGUCUUGUACCUCGGUGUCUCUGACACGCCAGCAUGGAUCGUUGCUAAAGCGAACCAGUACGCAAAGGACCAUGCGCUCACUCCAUUCAUCAUCUAUCAAGGCGCAUGGAACAUCAUGCAGCGUUCGUUUGAACGUGAAAUCAUUCCUAUGGCAAGAUCAGAAGGUCUGGCCCUUGCUCCUUGGAAUGUACUCGCUGCCGGUAAAAUAAGGACCGACGAAGAAGAGGAGAAACGUCGUCAAACUGGUGAAAAGGGGCGUACUGUUAUGUCGGAUCAAUGGGAACGUACGGAGCAGGAGAAAGCGGUAUGCAAGGCUCUCGAGAAGGUGGCAUCGGAAGUUGGAGCUAAACAUAUCACUGCGGUUGCUAUUGCAUACUUGAUGCAAAAAACCCCAUACGUCUUCCCAAUUGUUGGUGGGCGUAAAGUAGAACAUCUACUCGCCAACGUUGAAGCUCUCGAAAUUACUCUCAGCGAUGAGCAGAUCAAGUAUUUGGAAAGCGUCGUGGCAUUCGACCCUGGAUUCCCCAACACUAUGAUUGGAGAUGGAUCGGCACCGACUGUCUUCAUAUCAUCCUCUGGACGAGUUGCGGACCGUAUCAGACUUCAGCCAAUUCGUCCAUCCACCAGCAAUUCCUAA